AUACUCAAAUGUCUUAUUUUUGCAUCACACAUGCUUAGGGGUAACCGAAUAAGAAAAAAAUCGAAGAAUCCCGCCUGUACCAGAAGAUAAGUACGUGUGCUAAUAGGCGUAAAUGUAAACUAGAAAGUGUGUGAACGAAGUCGCGGGUGUCUCGUCCGUCCGGUUUGAUCUGGAUUUUAGCAGUUUGAACCGCGAGUUGGGACUCCCUUUCCCUCUUAAUUAAUUUAUUAAUACAAUUUAGUGGUGUGUUUUACAAACUUUAACGAUUAUUUAUUAGUAUUUUUAGUGAUUGUGUGGUGCAUUAGUUAAUUUAAGCCGUUUCAAAAUGUCUGAAGAGUCAUCAGCGGAUCGCAAUGUCGAAAUUUGGAAGAUCAAGAAGCUGAUCAAGAGCUUGGAGAUGGCGAGAGGCAAUGGAACAUCAAUGAUUUCACUGAUCAUCCCACCAAAGGAUCAGAUCUCGCGAGUCUCUAAAAUGUUGGCGGAUGAAUUUGGAACAGCCUCUAACAUCAAGUCACGUGUUAACAGGCUUUCUGUGCUUGGAGCUAUCACCUCUGUGCAGCAUCGACUCAAACUUUAUACUAAAGUGCCACCAAAUGGUCUAGUCAUCUACUGUGGUACAAUUGUUACUGAAGAGGGAAAGGAGAAGAAAGUGAACAUUGAUUUUGAGCCAUUCAAGCCCAUCAAUACAUCCCUGUACUUAUGUGACAACAAGUUCCAUACUGAGGCCCUCACUGCGUUGAUGGCUGAUGACAAUAAGUUUGGCUUCAUUGUGAUGGAUGGUAAUGGAGCGCUGUUUGGUACACUGCAAGGAAACACUAGAGAGGUGCUCCACAAGUUCACUGUAGAUCUGCCGAAGAAGCACGGUCGUGGUGGUCAGUCUGCGUUGCGUUUCGCCCGUCUCCGAAUGGAAAAGCGUCACAACUACGUGCGCAAAGUUGCAGAGGUUGCUACACAAUUGUUCAUCAGUGCAGACCGUCCCAACGUAUCAGGACUGAUUUUAGCGGGUUCCGCUGACUUCAAGACUGAACUGUCCCAGUCCGAUAUGUUUGACCCACGUCUCCAAUCCAAAAUCAUCAAGCUGGUGGAUGUGUCAUACGGAGGAGAGAAUGGUUUUAACCAGGCCAUCGAGCUCGCGGCGGAAUUGUUGCAGAACGUCAAGUUUAUUCAGGAGAAGAAACUGAUUGGGCGCUACUUUGAAGAGAUCUCACAGGACACGGGCAAGUACUGCUUUGGAGUGGACGAUACACUGCGCGCCCUUGAACUUGGCUCUGUGGAGACGCUCAUCUGCUGGGAGAACCUUGACAUACAGAGAUACGUUCUGAAGUCGCAUGCCGCCAACCAGGAGACCAUUUUGCACUUGACACCUGAACAAGAGAAGGACAAGUCCCACUUCACCGAUAAAGACAGCGGUGUUGAGCUUGAGUUGGUGGAGUGUCAGCCGUUGCUUGAGUGGCUCGCCAACAACUACAAGUCCUUCGGAGCCACACUUGAAAUCAUCACAGACAAGAGUCAGGAGGGCAGUCAGUUUGUGAGAGGAUUUGGAGGUAUUGGAGGUCAGUGUGCAUUUGUAUUACUUGUAUUGUUACACACACGGUAUGAUAGCUCAGCGCCGAAUGACUAAGACAUCGAGGACUUAAAGUGAAGCUCUUGGUUUAGUGACCACAAAGUUUGAGAAACUACAUUUCAGAGGAAAUUAGUUCUUGAAGCCAUUGUUUUUUUUUUUGUGUAAUUCUGAUUUAACUACAUGAUCAAGUUGCUCUUUAAAAGAGGGGGGCAGUUUUAUUGUAGAAUAAGUGAAGAUAAACAGUUUUAUAAAUGGAAUUUUAUAGCGGUUAAGUUGCAGUCCAUACCAAACAAAGUUUAGUGUUGCUUAGCUUACAAUCUCAAUGCUACUUUUGAAUAUGAAUAUGAUUAAAAUAAAUUAAAAAAAAAAACCUUUAAGCUACCAGAGUGUCUGUGUCUGAUAUUAUUAUACGAAUUUUUUUAAGAAUAUGUUAAGACUUCUAAUUUUAAAAGAAAAGUGGCUCCAUCGUUUAACCAAUGAUUCUCUGAUAGAUACAAUAGAUAAUAAGAAUAGAUUUAAAUAUAAUACAGGAAAUAAACUGACUAACUGUAUCAGUCGUGCUAGUAACAGAAAUUGAACUCUACACAUCUAUCUACUCUAUAAUAUUAUGAACCGAAUGUCCAUCUGUCCAUCGCUAAUAUAGCUAUCUGAUUUCUGUGACCCCAUAGUGAUAAAUUUGUUCAAGCCGUGUAACACUCGAGCAAGCAGUUGUUAUACCACACAAGUUUAAAUAUUAUACUAUUGGCUACUUUUUGUUUAGCGUCAAUGUAUUGUAAACAAAGGGUUUUGUGCCAUUUUGGUAGAGGUGUUGGGAAUAGUACUGUGUAUUAUAUAAUGUACGUAAUUUGGAUAUUUAUGUUAAAUAUAAAUAUUUGUAGCUGAGAGGUACAGGAUCAUAAAUCUCAAUCAAUAGUUAUCAUC